CAGAGUCCUCUGGAACUGGAAAAAGGAGAGCAGCAUUGUCCACAAAGGCGGUGUGCUCUCGGUCAGGGACGAACCUUGGUUAGGCAGAAAUGGCGCGCUCUCUGCAACGGGGCCUCAACCUUGUUCGAUCGGCUUUCAUGUCCACAAGGAGAUCGUUCUCUUCGGACGCUUUGGUGGAGGUCAAGCCCGGUGAGGUCGGCAUGAUUUCUGGAAUCCCUGAAGAACACCUUCGAAGAAGGGUCAUAAUUUACUCACCAGCUCGAACUGCAACGCAACAAGGCUCUGGGAAAGUUGGGAGAUGGAAAAUUAAUUUUCUGUCUACUCAGAAGUGGGAAAAUCCGUUGAUGGGUUGGACAUCAACAGGGGAUCCAUAUGCCAAUGUUGGUGAGGCAGGACUCAGUUUUGAUAGUGAAGAUGCUGCCAAAGCAUUUGCUGAGAAACAUGGUUGGGAAUACGAGGUCAAGAAGCGUCACACGCCUCUUCUAAAGGCCAAAUCAUACGCAAACAACUUCAAAUGGAAGGGGCUGCCAAAGAGCGAGGAUGAUUAAUUUGGAAUCUUCCAAUUAAGAUCCUGUUUUUGGUGCUUAUGAGCAUGUAAGCUCAUUUGAAAAGCUUUUUAUUCUCGGUGUCACCUCUUUGUUAGUUUUGUGUAUAGCUUUUCUGCAAAUAAGUGUAAUGAACAACUUCUUUUGAGAUAGUUCCCCACUUUAAAGGCAAAAGAUGUUAGGUUUUUGUAAAUUCAGUGCCAACACAUAUUAAGUCGGGGAAGGAGUUUAUCCAA